UUACCACAUCAGUUGGGUUUCCCUUGCGCUUCAGAGUGAGUGGGUUUUUUCGUCUUCGAAUUUUUAUUUGUUUCAUAGGAAGCAGCGAGACGUCCGUGGGUUCUUGAUGUAACUCCCAAAUGAGCAAAAAGGCCUUUCCUUUCUUCUUCUUUGUCAUUUUCCUUUUUAUCUUUUAUUUCUUUGGAUUCCGAUCAGAUCCUCCUAAAUAAUUCCCAAUUAUUCCUAUUCGCACAGUUGACAGACCUGUUGGGUGGGCAGCGAAAGCUUGGUGAAUGGGGUUUCAGACUAUGGCUUCUCAAGCUAACGGCCAGCAGUCUCAUUUUCAGCCGUCUCCAUUGUUGAGGCAGCCCUCAUGGUAUAGCCUCACUCUUGAUGAAGUUAAAAAUCAAUUAGGAGACACGGGAAAGCCACUGGGCAGCAUGAAUCUUGACGAGCUUCUACAGAACAUAUGGACUACUGAAGCAAAUCAAUCCAUCGAGAUGGAUAUUGAGAACACCUCCUCAGUAUCUUCACUCCAACGUCAGGCCAGCUUAACAUUGGCUAGAGGUUUAAGUGGGAAGACGGUUGAUGAGGUAUGGAGAGAGAUCCAGCAAGGGCAGAAGAAAAGGUAUGGGGAGGACAUGAAAUUUCAGGAUACUGAGAUAACACUUGGUGAAACAACUCUAGAAGACUUCUUGGUACAAGCAGGUCUUUUUGCAGAAGGUUCUUUGAGUCCUGCUAUUGCAUUGGAUACUAUUGAAGUGGCCGUCCCUCAGAGCUAUCCACAUAACCUGGGGUUAUUGUCAUCCCCAUCAUUUGGUACACAGUCGGAUACAACAACGCCAGGGCGGAAAAGGGAUGCAUCAGAUGCAUAUGAGAAGACUAUUGAGAGAAGAUUAAGGAGAAAAAUCAAGAACAGAGAAUCUGCUGCACGUUCACGUGCUAGAAAGCAGGCAUAUCAUAAUGAGUUGGUGAGCAAAGUUUCGCGUCUAGAAGAGAAGAACAUAAAGCUCAAGAAAGAGAAGGAAAUUGAAAAGAUGUUGCCAUCUGAAUUAUCAGCGGAAACAAAAUAUCAGCUUCGAAGAAUAAGUUCAGCCUUUUUCUGAGUUGUCUCUGCACCCAGCGUUGUAGUUGUCAAGUGUCGGGACUAAUAUCUUGGCUUCAUGUAGGUUCUCAUCACCAGAUGGCUGGUCAGUCCUGCCGCUGAUGUGCAUCUGACCUUCGAACCGCACCAGUAGGAUCCUGUUGUGUACAUUUAUGAUUAGCUGAUCUCGUAAAAUAUACCGCAGCAAAAAUGCCAUGUCUAUAGUUUUUAGUUCUGUUUUGCUGGGAAUACAAUUUCAAGAAAAAAAGAUUGAGUUCAUUGUGUUUGAGGGUGCACAUUGUUAUGAUUCUAUUUUGGGCAAGCAAGGGGUAUUAUAUAUUAUUGGUAUAA